UCCGGCAUGGGUUUAAGCCGAAUUCAAGCUCUAUGGAGAAGGUCGGGAACGCGCUGAUAAGCAUGUACGAUGCUUGCGGGAACUUGGAGGACUUGGAGAAGGAGCCCAAGCGUAGACGGUGAUAGAUGGUGGCGAGGCCAUGCAACUGCUUUCCUUCGUGCUGCUUGCCGCCCAGCCGAGGCACUCUUGAAAGGAGGUUUGAUGUUGCAUCACAAAUCUCCCCACUAUUUCAGAGUACUGAGACAGUCUACUUCGUGAUUGAGUUGAAGGAACUCAAGUUGGUUGUUGGCGCUGUUCGUGGGACUGAAACGCCAGAAGAUCUUUUCACGGAUGGCCUGGGACGUGAAUGCAUCCUUGCCGACACUGACUACCACGGAUUGCUCAUCUAUGGCACCGCUUUCCAAACGUACACACUGGCGUUCUUCCCUGUGUUGACAUAGUUAUCGCGGACCAUUGUAACAAGG